CAUUUAAAUACAGGCGCACGGGUGCGGUCGGAUGGCUGAACGACAUGGCUUCGUAUGGCGAGGAGGCUCGUGAUAGCUAUCUGUAUUCGUCGUACAACCCUUACUCGUACCGGUACUUGAACCCUAAGCCAAAGGGUUCUUCUUGGAGGCCCAAGUCCUACUUCACCAGCUAUGGCGAAGUCGGAGACUAUUUUGACAACCAACAACGAGCGCAGCUUAAGUCCAUCUUGUCUCAAAUUAACCCUAAUUUGAUCCCGCGCCUGAGGAAGGCCAAUACAAAGGAUGUGGGCGUGCAGGUGAACCCCAAGACGGACGCGUCGGUCCAGUGUUCCCUGGGGCCCCGUACUCUAUUGGCAAGACGGAGACGGCGUCCCGAUUCCCCAGUCCUCGAACCUGGUAGCCCUACUUCGGAGGCAACGGUGCGCUUUCCCCGGACACUUGCUGUCUACUCUCCCAUCGCUUCUCGUCGUCUUGCGUCUUUCUUGGAGGAAACGGAGGAGAACCCAGACGACGCCGACCAGAACAUCAGACCUGACCAGGGCACUUCCCGUGAGGAGAAGGAUGAGGUCUCUGGCAACGUUGUCACGGCGGACGCAAGUGACAAAGAUGACUUGAAGGAAGAGGAUGAUAGCGGUGGGGGCAUCGUGGAAGCGAAGGAUGGCAAGGCGGUUGGCGAAGUCAAGCAACAGGCGGCGGAAGGGAGCAAGGCGCGGGUGCGCUUCCAGUUCCUGGAGCAGAAAUAUGGCUACUAUCAUUGUCGUGACUGUAAUCUAAGAUGGGAAAGUGCCUAUGUUUGGUGUGUUCAAGGAACUAAUAAGGUUUACUUCAAGCAAUUUUGUCGAACAUGUCAGAAAGCCUUCAAUCCUUAUCGUGUGGAGGAUAUUACUUGCCCGACUUGCAAGCAUGCCAGGUGCACAUGUACUAUAACCAUGCGCCAUGUUGACCCAAAGAGACCUCAUCGCCAGGAUCUAUGUGGACGUUGCAAAGGCAAAAGGUUGUCCUGUGACAGCACCUUCAGCUUCAAAUACAUCAUUUAAGUUUAUUCUAGUACAGUUCCUGCAGAAUUGGUUUGGGUCAGUUAUGUCAGUUUUAUUUUUGUACUGGCAGGAACAGUUGUAAUAAAUGGCAGUGGUGGGCAUCUGUU